AUGUCCGCUGAGGAAUCAACAAUGGCCGAAACGAACUCAAGCGGUGUUUCCGUGAAGGAGAUUGAGUGUUACCUGGUGAACGGUAGCUCAAAGGACGAGAACAAUCGUUCUACCACCGACGACGCAAACGUCUUGGCGGAGCGAUGUGCCCGUCAGCUAAAGUAUGACAUGAAUUCAUUGGGCGGUUCUUUGGAACGAUCUGCACAGGUGCUACUAUUUGGUCUUGACGUUGACCAUUUGUUUGAGUCUGAGGUCACUAUCAUUGUCCACCUCCAAGCCCUACUGCCACUAGUCACCAGGUUUUUCAUUGUUCAUUGCUUCUUGAAUUGGCAUUUCGAUAGCGGGACCCGUGAGAUGGAAGCACGCAAGAAGGCACGCGAAGAGGAAAUGCUUGAGAAAUACGAACUGCAUCGCCAGGAAGAUGAAGCGGACUACAUGGAGAUGGAACGCCGUAGGGCUCGCGUGAACGAGAAGCGCAUUCGAUUGCGUGAAGCUCGAAAGGCGAAAGAGGCAGAGAAAAAGAAGAAAACGUACAUGUACGCUGUGAAGAAGACGUGGAAGAAAUACAUUGGGAGCUGGUUUUCUGGUAGCGGUACCGAGUCUAGCAAGAAGAAAGAAUAA